CGAAAAGUCAGCCAUCAUUGUUUCUUCACGUGGUCGUGUAGCUCGUGUCUUUUUAGACACACUGACCGGUCAAAGCAACAUUGCUGUAAAAAUGGACAUUUUAGAAGACAUUCUUCAGAAAGAGGCAAAAAAGAGCGAGAAAUAUAAAACUACAGAUGUGGAAAAAAAUGUUGAACUUGAGUUGGACCUUGGUAAUCUACUCGCUUUGGAUACAAAUGACCUGAACCUGCAGGAACUAAAAUCACACAAAGAGAAGUAUUUGUUAAAUCUGGCCCGAGACAACACUCAGCUGCUGCUGAAUAAACUUUGGGAUCUGCCGAGUGAAAGACGCGAGGAAAUUGUUGUCGCAAAAUUGCCUGCGGGCACCCUUAGGCUGCCAAGGGAAAAACCUUGUCCAAAACCAAAACCCUUGACCAAGUGGCAAGAAUACGCUCUGGAAAAGGGCAUCAAGAAAAAGAAGAAGACCAAUGCUGUCUGGGAUGAUAUUGUUCAGAAAUGGAUACCACGAUUUGGCUACAAAAAAGCUGAGUUGGAGAGGCAGAAAGACUGGGUCCUUGAAGUACCUGGAAAUGCUGAUCCUAUGGAGGACCAGUUUGCCAAAAAGGCUGAGAAGAAGAAGGAGAAGGUCUCAAAGAACGAAUUCCAGAGGCUUAGGAAUAUUGCCAAGGCCAAAAAGAUCAAAGUCCCGAAAGAAGGACUUCCCACUAUUGCGAAUCCGAGUUCUGACCUCCUGAACACAGCAGCAAAAGUAGCUCGGGUUUCUACUGCUUCAUUAGGAAAAUUCCAACCUAAGUUGCCUAAGGAAAAAACUCUCAAAGAGAAUGUCAUCGCACCCAAAAGAGUCAAGAGGGAUCACUCUAAAAUUAGCUCUAAUGAUGAAAAAUCUUCUCACCUGAAGAUAAUCGACAGCAUCCUUGGAAAGAAGCCAAAGCUGGACAUUGAGAAAGCUGUCAACAGACAAGUUUUUCAGGAUCAAAAUGAGAGGUCUGAGGAAAAGAAGACCCAAAAGUCAAAGGGAGGGAAGAAGAGGAGGAAAACCAGCAUUCCAAGCAAGGCAAGGAAAGGUGGAAAAAUCAGCAAGCCUAGAGUAGGGAAGGUCAAUACAAAGAAGGGCAAGGCUGGUGUUGGAGGAGGUAGGAAGAGGAGGUAAAUUAUCCUCAUUGCCUCAUUGGGUUCUUCGAACACGGACAACUUGAAAGGCUAAUUUGUUUGACUCAAAUUAUGUUCAAUGAAGGGCGACAUUGUAAUAUAUUAUGAUCAAUAAAAUCAAGUUUCAUGAUAACAAAAUAUAA